AUGGUCCCUGUACAGUCUUUCACAAGUGGGCUGCUGGGCACAGGUGGGGCUGCUGGUCACAGGUGGGGCUGCUGGUCACAGGUGGGGCUGCUGGUCACAGGUGGGGUUGCUGGUGCUGGUGCUGGCGGCUGGCGCUGGUGCUGGUUCCUGGUGCUGGCGGCUGGCGCUGGGGCUGGUUCCUGGUGCUGGCGGCUGGCGCUGGGGCUGGUUCCUGGUGCUGGCGGCUGGCGCUGGGGCUGGUUCCUGGUGCUGGCGGCUGGCGCUGGGGCUGGUUCCUGGUGCUGGCGGCUGGCGCUGGUGCUGGUUCCUGGUGCUGGCGGCUGGCGCUGGGGCUGGUUCCUGGUGCUGGCGGCAAGCGCUGGGGCUGGUUCCUGGUGCUGGCGGCUGGCGCUGGGGCUGGUGCUUGGUGCUGGCGGCUGGUGCUGGUGCUGGUUCCUGGUGCUGGCAGCUGGCGCUGGUGCUGGUUCCGCCGCCACUCCCUUCCCCUCCUCUCUCUCCUUUCCACAGCGUCCCGCCGCCACUCCCUUCCCCUCCUCUCUCUCCUUUCCACAGCGUCCCGCCGCCACUCCCUUCCCCUCCUCUCUCUCCUUUCCACAGCGUCCCGCCGCCACUCCCUUCCCAUCCUCCCUCUCCUCCCCAUGGCGACCGCCGCUGCACACGUAA